AUGCCUGCUGUCCGCCAACGUGUCCGCCGUUCUGCAAGGCUUCAAGCAAACAGUCGUACUCGCCCAAAGGCGAUGGAGUUGCCCCCAAAUCCAUCCACAUCCCGUGGAAGAGGGAAAUCUCGAGGACGUGGGUCCAAUCCCGCUCGUAAUCAGCCUCCUAAGGCUGCCGGACCGAAGAUAAUCGUCCAUUGGACCAGGGCCCAAGAUCUCCACCACACAGACACUCUUGUGACCCACCUUACCACUAAUCCUUCCGAUGCACGCACUCUUUUCUAUGAGGGGAAAAAGACCGCCAGUUCUAGCACUGAGGAGUGUCCCUCUGGCAGGGACAAAGGGGACAUCUAUCGAAUCUUGUCGAAGCUGAUCUUCGAGAAGGACUCCGAAUAUUCAGCAUUAUACGCUGAGGACCCGAAAAAAUUCGAUGUAUCAGUGGGCAACCGCUGCACUGCGUAA